AUGGGCAAUCUCCAGGUGUCCAGUGGCCAGUAUGUCCAAGCCGCCAAAUCUUUUGCUUCGGCUGUCAUCUUUGGACUGGGCGGAUCAGUAGAAAACGAUGGUCGGCAUCUUGGUGUGGGUACUUUAAAUGAUCUCAAAUCCAAUUCUCCUAUCAACAGGCGUGCAAUAUCGUCAAUUCCUGACCUGGUUCAUGCUAUUGACCAGUCUUUGAGAGGAUCUCCUGUCUCUGCCAAUGCAUGUUCAUCCCAUUCUCCACUAUUACUAUCUCCUCAACAGGCUCUCCAGGCCAGAUAUAAACUAUUUCCACCUGAUGGUCAGCUACCUUUAGUAUCCCAGUGCCAAAAUAACCAGAAUACAAAUCCUCAGAUCCCAGUAGAUUCGCUGCCGUCAAACUAUAUCCAGCGAUAUAAUAACAUGGGAAGAGAGGAUGACCCCCGACAGACCAGUGCUUCAAUUGAAGCGAUAGUCAGCAAUGCGCUUCUUAAUCUUUCGAAGAUAUUUCAAGACGGUAUCAACUCUGGUGCUCCAGAUAAGGUUGUUUAUCUGAAUGGAAGAGUUCCUAGCACAUAUGAUAUCCUGUCUUUAUACCUGUUGUCACUCUCACUAAACGCUUCUGCCAGUACUGCCAAUAAUGUUGGUAUACUAUUACUAGCAUCUGUGACGCAAAGCCCAAUGUCAUCGAAUUUGCCCUGUCAGAAUUGUGAAAGACGCACUCGUGACCUAGCUCUCGAUUAUUAUUUGUUUGGUUUGUCCUUGGAUCAAAAACAUCCACAUCUACAUACCAACUUGGGAUCACUUCUGCGUGAACAGGGAAAGCUCAACGAAGCAGUGCAAAUGUAUCAAAAGGCUAUUCAAUGUGAUCCUCAUUUUAAUAUUGCUCUGGCAAAUCUUGCUGGUUGUUUGAAGGACCAGGGUCAGAUAGACAAAGCUAUUAUUUAUUAUGCCAGAGCUGUACAAGAGAACCCUGAUUUUGUUGAAGCUCUGGUGGGACUCGCUAGUUGCUACGGUUCAGUGUGUAAUUGGACUGAUCGAGGUGGCUGUGGAUGGGAACAGAUGUCGGUAGAUAUAGAAGGAAAUCUGGUUUCUGGCCAGAUAGAAGGGUGGGUCACUAGAGUAAUAAAAGUGGCAGAAAACCAGGUAGAUGAGGUGCGAAGAUGGGGUAUUGGAGCCAUUGAUUUCAUUGAUAGUGUAGAAGGAGGAAAUUUGUUCAAGACAAUUGAAAGAACAGUUCGUAUUUCAGAUCCAAACGAGCGUGUCAAAUUCAGACAACUAAUAAAUUCUUGGCGUGGUUGCUAUGAAGAAGGCACAAACUUAUUGUCUUUAAUAGAAAAGACUAUACGUGCUGUUCAACGCCAGUGGUAUUUGGACCGGCGCCAGGGAGUUAAACCACCAGUACCAGAUUAUACCUAUGCUCGUCCACAUAUACCAUCUGUACUGCCGAUUCCCUUAGCACCAAGUAUAUUACCUUUCCACUCGUUCACACUCCCACUGAAUUCGUUUUACGUUCGUCAGAUAUCAGAGAAGGCAGCAUCUAGAGUAUCAAUGACAGUACUAUCGCAGAACUGGCUUCCGAAACAUGUGUAUCCACCACCGGCAAGUCCAAAGAAUGGUGUCUUGAAAGUAGCGUAUAUAUCAUCGGAUUUCGCGAACCACCCGCUUGCACACUUGAUGCAAAAUGUGUUUGGCAUGCACGACAGAACCAAAGUCCACGCUUACUGCUACGCUACCAGUCCAUCAGACUCAUCGCAGUAUCGCCAGGAGAUCGAAAAGGGUGCCUAUGUAUUCAGGGAUGUUAGUAGCUGGAGUACACAAAAGAUUGUCGAGCAGCUUGUAUCCGAUGGUAUCCAUAUUUCUGUCAAUUUGAAUGGGUUUACAAAAGGUGGUCGAAAUGAGAUAUUUGCUACUAGGCCUUGUCCAGUCCAAAUCAGUCUUAUGGGUUUCGCAGGACCCAUGGGCGCUGACUGGUGUGAUUAUGUUCUUGGGGAUAUCACGGCUAUGAAUGGAGUGCCACAAUAUUCUAACCUCAGCAACAACGAUUCAAGAUUGAAAUUGAUACAGCCUCCAGACGAGAACAUGAGCUCGUAUUGGCCAUAUCGCAAAGAAAAGGUCAUAUACAUGCCGCGAACGCUGUUCUGCUGUGACCACCGCCAAAGCGCUCCAGAUUCUAACAAAGUUAGAAUAGAGUCUGGCCAGCCAUUGCAUACCUGGGAGGCAGAUGUUGAACUGAGACAACGACUGCGUAAACAAUUAUUCCCCAAUCUACCAGAAGGUGCAUUCCUAAUGGGUAACUUCAACCAGUUGUACAAGAUCGAUCCGACUAUCUUUGUGACAUGGCUACGGAUUCUCCAGAGAUUACCACAUGCCUAUUUAUGGCUCCUUGAGUUUCCCAAGAACGGAAGAACAAACCUAUACACCUAUGCAUACAAAUGGACGGGAUCACGCGAUAUUCUAUCGCGAAUCAUAUUCACGCCAGUGGCUGAGAAAAAUGAGCAUAUCAUCAGGUCGAGAGUAUGUGAUUUGUUCCUUGACACUCCCGAAUGUAAUGCCCACACCACUGCCGCAGACGUGUCAUGGGGAGGAACUCCGAUCAUAACAUAUCCCAGACACAGUUAUAAAUUGUGUUCUCGGAUCGGAGCGUCAAUUGUGUAUGGAGCCCUACCAGCCGACUACCGAGGUCGGCAGAUAGGCCAGCGUCUCGUUGUACACUCUGAAGCGGAAUACGAAGACCGGGUGGUCGAAUUUGGCAGCACGCUAGAAGGAUUACGAGAACUGAACGAGAUACGAACGGUACUAUUCAACGAACGAGAGAAGGAUGGAAACGGAUUAUUUAACACCAAAAAGUGGGUAGAGUCGGUAGAAAAGGGUUUCCAACGAGCAUGGGAAGACUGGGUGCAGGGAAAGCACGAGAACAUCUUCAUCGACUAA